AAGCCGUUCAUGCCAUCGCGGAUACAUCGGCUGUUUGGAAGCGGGAUGCAGCCCGUUUAUGUGCAACGACAGACGCGACCCAGCCAAGAACACGACAGAGAAAAUGACUUCGACUGUCUUCUCUCGGGUCCGACCUCAGACAAGUCAUUUCAGGAGAAUCUACCUUCUAGCCCUGACUUCGGAGCCCGCCGCACUCUACAUAUUGGAUGGAAAAUUCUCAAGAUAUUUCUAAUCCUGGCGAUUGCCUUCUAUAUUGUUCUGCACUUGUCCUUUAUUGAGAAGUUGGUCGAAACGAACAAGGCAGAGUUUACCGAGCAUCGCAUCGACUGCGGACACAACACAGCCAGCGCUAAGGCGGCAGGCUGCGUGUACGACAUCAUGAUGGUAGGCUGGACAGCACCCGACUGCAUCGAUCCCUAUGUUUCAUCAGACUCUCUCUCGGAGACCUCCGAGCUUGCCAGCGUUCGGGGUGCCGGGCACUUCAACUUCUCUGUGACUCCCGACUUCACAGAGAUUAUACAGCAAGAUGUAGACAGUCUCACUCAGCACGACUGGGUUUACGCGAAUUGGGAGUUUCAUAAGGCACACUGCGCGUAUGUGUGGCGCGUUCUCGCCAAUGCGCUCGAACGCAAGCGGAAUGGGGAUACGAAUGUUUAUAUCUACAGAACGCUAGUCACUUACGAGCACGCGGUGCAUUGCAGCCGCGUACUGCUUGGGACAGACAGGAGCUUGGCUGCACCGACAAAGAUACAGGUUAGCGGAACUAACCGAUGUGUGCUGUUAUGA